AUGGGCUAUCCUGAAUUAACUGUGUUUUGUAACCAAUAUCUCCGGCCUCAAAAUACUUUUACAGAACUUGUUAACCUCACCAACCUCCAUUCGAACUCUUUAACGAAUUUCUGUGGUGAUGUAAACCGAAUUGAAAUCGAGGCAGAGGCUGAGAGUGAGUAUAGCGAACCCAUGGUGUUAAUUGGGAUGUACAUUUCAGUAGCAUCCAUAAUUUGCAUAUUAGCCAUGGCACUCGAUUUGUUCAACGGUUUCAGAAACAAAAACUUUUGGUUUCCUACUAAAUAUUUUCCACUCAACGCCGCCUCCAUCACAGUUAUAACAGUGGCUAUGAAAUUGCCCGUUGAUAUGACUAGUCCAAUGCCCGGUCGGUUAGACCAAAUUGGCAAGUUUGGAAGUCUUACAUUUAUGUUCACAAUCAUGUCUAACUUAAUGCCUUCUUUGGCAUCUAUGGACAAUAAGUCACUUGUUUCAAAUAUCGUAGCGUUAUCCAUUCUCGUUAUCACACUCUCCGUGAAUGCCAUCAUUCAGAUUAGGACUCACGUAAUCGGUCUUUAUGAUCUUGUUGGUUGUCGUAGCUGGUUUUCAUUCUUCGUGAGUGUUCUCAUGAUAAUCUUACCAUACAUCUAUUUGUGUAUGUUACUUUUCUUACUAAUAAUAUUCAUCUCUUCUGCUAUAACAAUUCCAACUUCAAAAAGAAUUUUAGAAAUCAAGUAUCAAGCCAUUAGAAAAACAAUAUUGGUGGAUCAAAAUCAACAACAAAACCACCUAAUAUCUAGUGUUGAUGAGCUAAGAUUACUUGUGAAAAAAUAUUGGAUUAUGGCAGAAACUGGUAGCCCUCAAUUCGUGAUGGCUAGUAAUCCGUUAUCCUCUGCUUGUAGCGUAAUAUGUGUUAUUAGUUUGGUCUUGUACAUCUUUGCGGUGUUGUUUUUAGUCUUGUUCCAAGGUGGUCCAUACCUUAGUUUAACUAAAACCACAUCAGUGUAUAAAUGGUCAAUGAUAGCCAUUGUCGUUACACAGUUCAUUGGAGUCUUCGUGGGUUCCAUUGCCCCAAUAUUUCGAUGUUUUACUUUCUUGAGCUUCAAAUCAUCUAUUGCUAAUAAGGAGAAGAGGAACCAGAUUUUGGUUUUUAAAGUGGACAAGUAUUGGACUCAAACGUUGUUUGAAUGGAAAGAAAGUCGUAUAAUUAGUGUUUUGUCAAGUGGGCGUAGAUCAAAAGCUCUGCUUCAUAGAUUGAAAAACCGUAUUCUAAGUGAAGAAGAUGUUGUCGUUUAA